UUGAUUUGAGCCAAGAUGGCGUCUAAACGGUAACUUUGUCGGACUGUUGAUCGGUAUUACAGACAGCUGAACGGGCAUAAUCACAGGUUGGUACAUUUGGACAGGAUGGCACGGGUAGUUUUCCUCCAUCCUGACCUUGGUAUUGGGGGAGCGGAGCGGCUGGUGGUUGAUGCUGCCGUUGCUCUGAAGUCUCAGGGAUGUAGCGUUCAGAUCUGGACGGCCCAUUAUGACCCAACACAUUGCUUCUCUGAGACCCUCGAUGAGGAACUUCCUGUGGUGUGUGUGGGUGACUGGCUACCCACCAGUGUGUUUGGCUACCUGCAUGCCCUGUGCGCCUACCUGAGGAUGAUCUAUGUGGCCCUCUACCUGGUCUUCCUUAGCGGUGUGGAAUAUGAUGUCAUCUUCUGUGAUCAGGUGUCGGUGUGUAUCCCAGUGUUACGACUGGGUCGCCGCAGGAAGAAGGUUCUGUUCUACUGUCACUUCCCAGACCAGCUGCUGACUCAGAGGAAGUCGGCCCUGAAGAAGCUUUACCGUACUCCCAUCGACUGGCUGGAGGAACGAACCACAGGCAUGGCUGAUAUGAUUCUGGUAAACAGCCAGUUCACCGCAGGCAUCUUCAGGGAGACUUUCUGCAGUCUGAGCGGAGUCCAGACAGAUGUCCUCUAUCCCUCCCUCAACACGCGUACCUUUGACGAGGCAACCACUGAAGCACAGAGCCUGGAAGGACUGCUCCCCGAGGGAACUACCUGUCUGUUUCUCUCUCUGAACCGAUACGAAAGGAAGAAGAAUUUAGGCCUGGCUCUGGCGGCUUUGGCAACCCUGAGGAGCAGCCUUCCUCCUGGCCAGAGACCAGGCAUUCACCUGGUGGUGGCAGGAGGCUACGAUGAUCGCGUCACUGAGAAUGUUCAGCACUACACUGAACUGAAAGAGCUAGCAGCGCAGCUCCACUUGGAGGACUGUGUUACUUUCCUCCGCUCCCCCUCAGAUUCACUGAAGGUGGCACUGCUGCAGGGCAGCACCGCCGUCCUCUACACCCCUAGCAGAGAGCAUUUUGGGAUAGUUCCUGUGGAGGCCAUGUACUGUUGCUGCCCCGUUAUCGCUGUGAACUCUGGGGGCCCCCUGGAGAGCGUGGCAGACGGGGAGACGGGCUUCCUGUGCGAGCCCACGGCCGAGGCCUUCUCUAAGGCCAUGGAGAGGCUCGUCAGGGAGCCACACCUCCGCAGGGACAUGGGACAAGCUGGGAGGAGGAGGGUAGAAGAUAAGUUUUCUCUUCAAGCCUUCUCAGACCAGCUGUAUGGAUACAUUGUCAGGCUGAGCCAGUGAUGUGAAAGCUGGAGGAAAGACAGGAGAAAACUUGUGAAGAAAUGAUCGUCUGCUGAACAGUGAAGCUGAGUAUGGAUGGCUCGGCACUACAGAGAGUAGGAGCGAGGAUGUAUGUGUAUAUGUGCAAGGAGGUGAGGGAAGUAUCAUGAGGACUUGGAGGACUAUUAAUCAGUAUUCCCCUGGAGAGGUUGCUGUGAGGGGGAAAAAAGGAUGGAAUUUCUAUACCAAUUAAGAAAAGACUAACGAGUUUUCCAAUCCUAUCUUUACAAAAAUACCAACCUUGCAAGUGUGUUCUUGUGUGUGAAGUUGAGGAUGUGAAGCAGCGUGGCAACCAAGAGCCUCCAAAUGAGUCUACCCAAAGGAUUGAUUGUUAGAGUGAAAUGUUUUGCACUGUGUCUGAGUGUGUGUGUCUGUCUGUUGUUUUCUUUUCUACAGCACUCUUUGUCUUUGUGUGUUUUGGGGAUGAAGAACAAGAAUGUCGUUAUCACCGUGUGCCAUCAGGCAGCGCACAGUCGCCGAUCGAUAAGCAGGAUGCGUUCCACUACUUCAGCUCGGAGCUUUGUUCCCUGGCGUGUAUUCAGAAGACGCCGGCCUGUCCAUGACUCUUACUGCUGCAUGGAGGUUAUUAGUAGAUGAUAGAGAGUGUUUGGCUUUAUUAGAGGUCUGGCUGAUGGGCAGUGUGCCUGUGCCUGUGUCUGGGUCAUUAUCAACGAGGAGAAUAGCGGGAGGUCAUUGUGUCUGUGCGCUGCCCUCUACAGCCUUCCUACUGUAUAGAAAUGCUCUUAUUGACAUUCCUGAAGUCUUAAUAAACAAGAGGACACAUAGUU